GAUUCUGUGGUAUUCUGGUGGCUUUCGGUGAGCAUAAAUUUAUUUGACCGGUACGCCAUUAUUAAACGUGAUUAAAUAAUACUAAACAUUACUUUAACAGCUUUUGUCUGACAUUGAUGUAAACUUAAUCUGGUCGAAAGUUUCAAAGUUUUCUAUGGCUUCAAUUGUGGUUUCCCGUAUUCUUGUCCCUGCUCUACAUCGAAGUCUCCGGUCGUUAUUGAAUAAAAAAUCGCUAUCCAAACUUGGUAAUCAAACUAAGGCGCUCCAAAUAUUUGUACCAGAAUGCAGCCAAAGGCGAUUUUAUUCGGAAAAGAAGGUUUUCGAGAGGUCCAAACCGCAUUGCAAUAUAGGGACUAUUGGUCAUGUGGAUCACGGCAAAACAACAUUAACAGCAGCAUUGACGAAAGUUUUGUCUGAGCAGAAAUUGGCAAAAGCUCGGGGUUAUGCUGAUAUUGACAAUGCCCCUGAAGAAAAAGCAAGAGGAAUUACAAUAAAUGUUGCCCAUAUUGAAUAUCAAACGGAAAAACGGCACUAUGGGCAUACCGAUUGCCCUGGGCAUGCAGAUUAUAUUAAGAAUAUGAUUACGGGUGCUGCUCAGAUGGAUGGUGCAAUCUUGGUUGUCGCGGCUACUGAUGGAGUUAUGCCUCAAACAAGAGAGCAUUUACUUUUAGCCAAACAGAUUGGCGUUUCAAAUAUUGUGGUUUUUAUUAACAAAGUUGAUGCUGCUGAUAAAGAAAUGGUUGAAUUGGUGGAAAUGGAAAUUAGGGAAUUGUUGACCGAAAUGGGAUUCGAUGGUGAUAAAAUCCCAAUUAUUUGUGGAUCAGCCCUUUGUGCUUUGGAAGGAAAAAAUCCAGAAAUUGGAAGGGACGCUGUGCUAAAACUACUAGAUGCUGUUGACACUAACAUCCCCACUCCUAUCAGGGAACUAGAUAAGCCAUUUUUGUUACCUGUCGAGCAUGUCUAUUCAAUACCUGGUCGUGGAACUGUGGUCACCGGUAGAUUAGAGAGGGGUGUUUUAAAAAAAGGUGCUGACUGUGAAUUUGUUGGAUUCAGUAAAGUUAUUAAAAGUACAGUUACUGGAGUAGAAAUGUUUCAUCAAAUUUUGGAGGAAGCUCAAGCAGGAGACCAACUAGGUGCUCUUGUUAGGGGCCUCAAGAGAGAUGAUCUUAAAAGAGGUAUGAUAAUGGCCAAACCUGGAACAGUCAAAAGCCAUGAUCAUAUUGAAAGCCAGGUUUAUGUAUUAACUAAAGAAGAAGGUGGUAGGGUAAAGCCAAUUACUCCUUUUAUCCAGGUGCAAAUGUUCUCUAGAACAUGGGAUUGUCCAGUUCAAGUUACAAUUCCUGAUAAAGAGAUGGUUAUGCCUGGGGAAGAUUCUAGGCUUGUUCUGAAAAUGUUGAGACCAAUGGUAUUGGAGCAGGGGAUAAGGUUUACACUCAGGGAUGGCAUGACGACAUUAGGUACUGGUGUAGUCACUAAGAUUUUAACCCCACUAACAGAAACACAGAGAGUAGAACUAACAGAGGGUAAAAAGGCUAGAGAGAAGAAGGCUGCAGUGGCUAAGAGUUAAGUUUUUCUUAGAAUUAAUAAUCCAUUUUUUAUAUAUGCCUACAGUGGUUUAUUUUUAAAAAUAUGUUAUAACAAUGCGGUUAACAACAAAGUUGAAAAUUAGAUAUUCUAGUUUUUUUUGAGUAUAAUGAUAUCAGGUUCUCUUGAAUUUCAUUUAUAUUCAUAGUAAAACCAACUCUUUUAGGUUAAUUUUUAAAUGUAAACCAAAUAUGUAAAUAAAAUUAAAAAGAACAUGAUU